AUGUUAAAACCUGGAGGUCACAUGAAUAUGUCUUAUUUAAGUGAAACAAUCUGCCAAAAACAAGUAACAAUUAUUUAUACCGGACCAACAAUUAUACGAAUGUUAUGUGAUUAUUUUUUAUUGGUUAAUAAUGAUGUUGAUUCAAUUUCACGUAUUAAAACGCUCAGAAAUAUUCUUCUAGCCGGUGAAUUAUCAAAACCUAAACAUCUAUCAACGUUAGGUAAAUAUUUAUAUCCAAGUACAAAUGUCUAUAUUCUUUAUGGAGCAAGUGAAUUCUUAAUUUCCAUAAUAAAUAAUAUUAAAAAUAUUCAUGAUUUAAGAAACUCUACAACUGUUAUACCGCUUGGUCGUCCACUAAUAAAUUACGAAGUUUUUAUUUUAAAUGAUAAAAUGCAGCCUGUCGAAAAGGAUGAAAUUGGUGAAAUGUAUGUCUGUGGUAGGUGACGUUUUUUUUUGUAGACUUUAUUUAUAGAAUAAGUAUUAGCAUCACUCUUACCGUACACAACCGAUUUGUCCUCACCUAGAUAAAGUAAAAAUCAAUUUUAAGUCCUGAGUAUUUUUAUAUUCUCUUCUUAACCUGUUCGAAUUAAUAUUUUUUUCUAUAUGCUAACAAAAGCUCAUCUUGAACUGAUGUACGAUAUUUUUAAUAGCACG